AUGUGUUUUGAUUGGUUCGCUAAGGCUAGGAGUCAAAAAAUUCCGAUUUCUGGUCCCAUUUUGAAAGCAAAGGCAAUGGAAAUUGCAGGAAAACUGGGGGUACCUAAUUUUAAUGCUUCGGAUGGAUGGCUAAAUAAAUGGCGAUUAAGGAAUAAUGUUUCCUUCAAAUGCAUAUCUGGUGAAGCUGCAGAUGUGAAUCAGGAUGAUGUCGAACAGUUUCGGACAAAGCUGCCAACUCUGUUGAAUGGGUACAAGCCUGAAGACAUUUACAACGCCGAUGAGAGUGGGCUUUUCUUUCGUGCCUUACCGGACAAAACCCUCGCUCUUAAAUCCGAAAAAUGUGUGGGAGAUAACGCGGCUUCUCAUCCAAAGGAAUUAGACUUGACCAACAUAAAAAUUUGUUUCUUGCCACCAAAUACAACGGCAGUUAGCCAACCCCUUGAUCAGGGUAUAAUCCAAAAUUUUAAAACUUUGUAUAGAAGCUUAGUUUUAAAACACUUGAUAACUAAAAUUGGCGAUACAAGUUCAGCCUCAGAGCUCUCAAAAUCGAUUAAUGUACUGGAAGCUGUGUAUUUCAUCAAAGCAUCUUGGCAUAAAGUGGAAGCCACAACAAUCCGAAACUGCUUCCGUAAAGCAGGAUUUUUGGAAACUUUAGAGGAUCCUUCAGAUUUUGAUCCCGAAGAUGACAUUCCACUGGCAGUCUAUGCUAGGCUUCAGGAAGGACUAGAUUUGGCAAAUGAUUUCGAAGGUUUUCUCCAAAUAGAUCAAAAUGUUUUCACUGAGGACAACAAUAUAGAAAUUCAAUUUGACGAACCAGAUGAUACUAUGGACUUAAGUGAUUCAGAAGAUGAACCUUCAGAAGAAAUAAGUGACCCCAUAACAUCAUAUGAUGAGGCUUUAAAACUUGUUGAGCGCUUGAAACAAUUUGCAAAAAAUGACUAUGUAGCUUUUCAGCAGCUAGUUGCUGCUCCAAACUCAAAUGCAAUGUAA